UUACAGACGAAGAAGUGAUUGGUCGCAACCACGUUUGUGUGAUGUUUACAGUGUGACAUAUGCGUCUUUAGAGAGAUGAAAUACAGUUUAAAACCAUAUCUAAAAACAUUCUGCCUUCUUCUAUCUUUCAUUUAAGAAUGUAAUUGAAGAAGACGAGGCUGGCGUUGCCAUUCAAUGUUUAAUUUGUUGGGUGAAGGGGUUUUUCCCACUGUAGUUUGUACUGCUGAGCUAUGUUUCCCGAACUGAACGCUAUAUUGAACACCAGCCCCGACAACUUUAAACAGGGAGAGUUGAUCUUGGUUUCUGAUAGACGGGCGGAUGCCUCUUUCCUUGUCCAUCAUUUCCUCUCCUUUUAUCUGAAAGCGGGCUGCAAAGUUUGUUUUCUGGGCCUGGCACAAUCCUUCAGCCACUACAGUGCAGUCAGCCAGAGAUUGGGGGUGAGUCUCACCCAAGCUAAGGAAAAGGGACAGCUUAUAUUCCUCGAAGUGCUAAACGAAUCCUUGGAUGUUUUGCUUCAGAAGACGUCCAACACCGAGAGCCAAGCACUAGACUUCCUCAGAGAUCCGGCUGUCGGCCUGCGUGGUCUGUAUGACUUUGUCCGGGCCAGUGUGAGUGAUUCUGGGGUCGGAGGUGAGGACGACGGUGGCGUUGGGACGUUGGGGCGCUGGGGACCCCCGGUACUCCUGGUGGAUGACCUCACCGUGCUCCUCAGUCUGGGGGUCAGCGUGGGCUCGGUCUUGGACUUCAGCCAUUACUGCUUUGUCACUGUCUGCUCCCAGCUCAAGGGAAACAUGGUUACGCUGGUCCGCUGUGAAGGGGAGGAAGACGAGGACGAGGAUGGUGAUGAGGAAGGCUCCGAGAGGCUGCUGAAGGGUCUGACCCACCAGUGUUGUCUCACCCUCCACGUACAGGGUCUCCCGACCGGCUUCUGCAGGGACAUCCAUGGACAAGUGGAAGUCUGUUGGAGGAAGACUCAAAAGGACAAGCCAUCGAAUCAGAGGAAACUUUUUCAAUACAAGGUCCACGAUAAAGGAGCCUCAUUCUUUGCCCGUGGGACAUCCAGCGCCGUUCUCUAGAUCUUAGUUUGUUUGACCGUAUGAUUUGUUUGAAGCAACGCACCUCUUGGAAGAGGGCAGCUAACCAGUUCCUUUGAACUUCGUUGGCGUUGGCCAGCAUAUGUAAAGUAACCAGAGCCUGAGAAACUGUUUCUAAAAAAGAAUGAUGCACAGGAAAGAACAUGCACUUCUUUAUCAUCCUAUAUUCAAAGUAGCAUAGUAGAAGGAAAGCAGAUGUCAGCUUCUCUUUUUCUAAGUGGUUUGUGUAGCUAACCCACAUUGAAAGGAACGUACAAACCCUAAUAUUAAACUGCAUAGAUGGACAAUUGGUUGGCCCCACAAGAAUAUUAAACUACAAACAUUAAUUUAAGUACUUUGCUGACUUUUACACAUCUUUGACAGGGUGCAAUGUGUCCAAUUAUUGACCACAGAAUCCAUUGGGAGAAUGCUGCUCCAAACAUAUCCUCAUGUCCUCAAUAAUUAGAAAAUGAUUGUAGAAUAUAUUUUGGGGUUAUCUCUAGAGACGUUGCAAACAUGGUCGAGAUUGGAAAAAUCGACCUGCCAAGCAAUUGUUUCAAUAGGCCAGCCCCGAUUUGUUGUUGCCUGCCAAAGGGUCCAGCCUACCAUUGGAUGAUGUCAGGGUGACUUUUUUUCCAGCCUGUGUUCAACUUCUCAUGACAUUAUUAAAAAGCAAAAA